UCAAGGUCAAUUGCCUCAGGAACUCCCACGUGUGAAGAAGAAAAUGGUGCAAAAACAGAGUCUCCAUCAACUGCAAGGAUCAAGGUCAGGUUGGAAGAUCAAAGAAAAGAGGUAGGUUCCGGUGAAGGUUCUAGCUUUGCAAACACAUCAGCUGGGGUGCUUAAGGGGGUGUCUAGUAUAGUCCCGUGUAAGGAUGGUCAUGACAACAUUAAAGUGGAAGAUAGGAGCAUUGGGGAGAAAAAGCCUAGGAUUUUUGGGGAGAAGGGCCCUUCUGUGAAGGAAUUAAGUGGCUACAACUCCAAGAGACAGGAGUUUGAGGUUGAGUUUGAUAAUGAUGCUGAGCAGUUACUGGCUGACAUGGAAUUCAAGGAUACAGAUUCUAAUGGUGAUCGUGAACUAAAAUUGCGUGUGUUGCAUAUAUACUCAAAAAGACUUGAUGAAAGAAAACGGAGGAAAGACUUCGUAUUGGAAAGAAAUUUGCUUUAUCCCGAUCCUUUCGAAGAGGACCUGACCAUGGAAGAGAAGGAUUUAUGUCACCACUAUAAGGUGUUUAUGCGAUUCCAUUCCAGAGAAGAACACGAACGAUUGCUGAGGAGUAUUAUUGAGGAGAAUCGGAUUUUGAAACGGAUACAAGAUCUUCAGGAAGCCCGAGCUGCUGGCUGCUGCAAAUCUGUUGAGGCGGAAAGAUACAUUGAACAGAAGAUAAAAAAGGAAACAGAGGAAAAUGCCCGUAGAGUAAAGGAGGGUUUCCAGGCUGUUUCCAGUGGCAAAUCCUUGCAAAGAUUAAGUCAGAAAGGAGACGAUAUGAGUCCGUGUGGGAGUAUCAGGAGCCCUAGUGUACCAGAUUCUGAGGGAAACUAUCUUUCACCAACCACCAAGGGAAUCGCCCUUUCUAAUUUCUCAGAGAAUUGGGAUGUCACUGGAUUUUUAGGAGCUGAUUUACUCUCUGACUCUGAGAAAAAGCUAUGUGGGGAGAUCAGAAUUUUACCAACGCAUUAUCUCAACAUGCUGCAGACCAUGUCGAUGGGGAUUUUAAAUGGAAACAUAACUAGUAAAUCCGAUGCACAUGGCCUGUUCAAUGUCGAUGCGAGCAAGGUGGAUAAAGUGUAUGACAUGCUUAUGAAGAAGGGUAUUCUUCAAACAUGAGCAUAAUCAUUUCAUUACAUGCUCGUUGCCAAUAACUUGAAGGGAAUCUGUCUGAGAUUCUACUAUCUGGAAAAGGUAAAAGAAACUUUUGGAUUGUUGCGCUCACUCUUUUAUCUAGCGAUACCUUGGGAUCCUUUGUGGAGGAUUUGUUGUGAAGUGGUUUUUUACUACCCGUAAAUAAGUAGUGUAUGGAUAGUAAAGAUUUAGCAGUAGUAUGUUAGGACACUAAGCCGAUAGGGUAUACAAAUGUUAAUUUACUCUGCAAUUUACCCAAAUGUAUCACACUUAAAACUCGUCAUACAUUGGAGCAUUGUCUUCUUAAGGUAGCUUGUAUGUUUUUUGGUUAGGUUCUGUUGUGAGUGGAGCUUUUAAAUCUUCAUAUAGACUAUCUUGUAUUA